CACAGCCCUCUCCGCUAGCCUCUCAGCUGUCCCAGAUGGGAGGACCUCACACACACCUGGUCCUGGGGGUCACUUCUCCCCAGUUGCCCUAGGAGGUGGCCAGAGCCCACGCAGAACCUCCUGCCCCUGCGUCCCUCCAGGCCAGUUCCAUCCUCCCCUCCUGAAUCUGGGCGUUGUCUUCUCUGCUUUUUCACUCACCUUCUGUAAGCCCCUGUUUUGUUCCCGCAUCGGUUAAUUUUUGCCCAGAACAAAUCGCCGUUUGUUUAUAUAAGGGUGCAGUCCGCGUUUAGUGCACUUGGCACCGCUCCUUGGAUGUUUUAAGGACCCAGGUUCUUAAGAGGGUGUGGGCCAGCUCCCUGCCCCUCCUAGCCCAGGUGUGUGUGGGGUGGUGUUGAGCACACAGUUUGGCAGAAGGGCCCACUGGCAAAGAGGGUGCCGGAGGGCAGGGACAGGGGUCACCUGGUAAGACCCUGCUUGGCACCGGGUCAGGGAGCUGGUCGCCAGCUCAGACUGAAGAGGUUUGGAGAGUUGCCCUUCCUUUCCCACCGUCUGUCCUGAGGCUGCUCUGUGAGGGCAGAGGACGGCCAUACCUUCUUAGGUGCCAGCCACAGCCGGGGGCAGGGGGGACAGCAGUCCUUGAGCUGGGACCUGAACUCCUGUGUCUUCAUUUCUAACCUUCACUCAGAGCCAUCCCAUGGAUGUGGUCAGCCACAGACUUGCCAUCUGUGAUGAGCCUGCCCAGCCAGUGCCCAGGGCCCCAGCCUGGAGGUGACAUCCUUCCAUCUCCCUUGACUUCUCUGUGGCAUUUGACUCUGUGGACUCUUCUUCCCUGAAGGUCCGGGAGCAAGAGGGGUGGGGGCACAGAGGGUGUAGUUUUUGUACCCCCCCUUCCUUUCUGCCCUGUGGACUAAGCUGGAGUAGGGGCUCAGGCCACCAGCCUCCCACCCCAGGACUGAUCUCCUGUCCCCUGCUGCCAUCCUUGCCUCCCUCAUGCAACUCAGCAGGGCUGGAGUCAGGUGUUGGAAUUGCACGGGACCGCCACUGCAGCCUGUCUGUCUCAGCUCCCCUGAAUACCAGUAAGGACACUGAGGCCCAGGAAGAUAAUUGAUUUGUUCCCAGACUUCUACUAGGUUUGCAUAAAAGCCAGACUUUCACAGGCCUUUUUCUUUCCAUCUUCCUCGCUGCCACUGAGCCCUUCCCUCUGUGCUUACGCGUCCACAGAAGGUGACGAAGGUGACGUGAUGAAGAGAAAUAUUGGUCUACAGAUGUGACUUCCGCCCUUGGCAGGGUGCUCCAAGCCAUGGCUGACACCAUCUUCGGCAGCGGGAAUGAUCAGUGGGUUUGCCCCAAUGAUCGGCAGCUGGCCCUGCGAGCCAAGCUGCACACGGGCUGGUCUGUGCACACCUACCAGACAGAGAAGCAGAGGCGGAGCCAGUGCCUCAGCCCCGCGGAGGUGGAGGCCAUCCUGCAGGUCAUCCAGAGGGCGGAGCGGCUGGACGUCUUGGAGCAGCAGAGAAUCGGGCGGCUGGUGGAGCGGCUGGAGACCAUGAGGCGGAACGUGAUGGGGAACGGCCUCUCCCAGUGUCUGCUCUGCGGGGAGGUGCUGGGCCUCCUGGGCAGCUCGUCUGUGUUCUGCAAAGACUGCCGGAAGAAAGUCUGCACCAAAUGUGGGAUCGAGGCCUGCCCUGGCCAGAAGCGGCCCCUGUGGCUGUGUAAGAUCUGCAGCGAGCAGAGAGAGGUCUGGAAGAGGUCGGGGGCCUGGUUCUUCAAAGGGCUCCCCAAGUAUAUCUUGCCCCUGAAGACCCCUGGCCGGGCUGAGGACCCCCACUUCCGCCCCCUGCCCGUGGAGCCAGCAGAGCAAGAGCCCAGAAGCACCGAGACCAGCCGCGUCUACACAUGGGCUCGAGGGAGAGUGGUUUCCAGCGACAGUGACAGCGACUCGGAUCUCAGCUCCUGCAGCCUGGAGGACAGACUCCCUCCCACGGACCAGAAAGGUGACAGACCCUCGGGGGAGUCAGGCAGCAGCGUGGAGGCCCCAAGGGUGGGGUUCAUCCGCCCACCCAGCCACCUCUCGGGGAGCCAGAGCAGCCUGGCCAGUGAGACUGGGACGGGCUCUACAGACCCACAGCGGGGCACCCUGCCCCGGGCCGACCCCAAGGGCCUCGGCAAAAGACAUACUUGGACGGGCCCCCGCUGCUGACCUGCUGACCUGGCUCCAGCAGGUCCCCUACCCUGCCCUGCGUGGAGCCGUGUUUGGUGCCUGAAACAGACUUUUUGAUGGAAGAUUUCAAGAAAGCUGGAGCCAGACCCUGACCGGUCCUGCACCCUUGCCAGCCUCCCUGUUGGCUGGGGCUCCACUAACCAGUGUUGGGGGCCGAGUCUGCGCCCCCACCCAGUGCGUUUGUGUGCCUUCCUCUCACACAGCUGCCACCCUCCACCACCUGCUCCAACCACCGCACCUGGCCCCACUUUAUUUAUUGCCCCCCUCCCGCCCCCAACCCCCAGCCUGCCCUGUGGUUAUCCGAAGCUUGCUUGUGUCCUGGGUCAGGCUGGAUGUGGGGCCUUCCCUCGUGCACUGCAAUUUCAGAGGGGGCUCCAGGCGGGCCUUUCUCCACAUGUGUAUUAAUCACAAAGAGAAACAGCCCAGAGCAGUACCGUCAGGGCGGAGUCUGGCCCCUCACAGCCGCAUGGAGGGAUCCACCCACCCUCUCCCUUCCCGUCCCUCUCGCGGGGCUGGCCCAGGUGCUGCAGGUGAACCCUGCCUCCUUGUUAGGUUUCUUUGAAUCCCCCCCUCGGCCUCCCUGCAGCUUGAGGGGCCAGGAGGGUUCCAGUGAAUACUGCAGACACGCUCACUGAAGAGCAGCCUUGGGCUGAGUCCCCAGCCAGGGCCCGUGGCUCCCCCAGCCAUCAGUUCACUCCUCUGCAGUAGGUUUGGUUUGGCAUGAAAAAUACUUCAUUCAGAGCACAGGCAAAUGCUUCUGGAAAACCCUUCCCCGAAGAGAGUGCACGUGAGUAUGUGUGCGUGAGUCUGUGCAUCCGUGUGUGUGUGUGUGUGUGUGUGUGUGUGUGUCUUGUCUGCCCGUCCACACCCUCCCAUCCUUCCUGCCCCUCUCGCACCCCCGGGCACCCUGUUCUGGAAGGGCCGCCCGCUCCGAGUCAGGAGCUCUCAGGGCCCCACCCAGGAGCCUGCCCUUGGCGCUGGCAGAUAGUAAAGAAGCUCACUGUUUCCCUGGGACACGUUACGCUUCAGGAUUAAAACAAUAAAGAUUAGAAUUUGCAUUGA